AAUAAUGUGACACAAUAUGGCGGAUGCGCUUCUUCUUCUUGCUCUGAAGGGCCAAUCUAAACAUUUAACGUUGUGCAAUAAAAAUCUAGAAAAAAUCCCCCAAAUUAUUGGGAAAUUAGAUUUUAUAUGUCAACUGCAACUGAAAAAUAAUAAAAUUAAGACUCUUCCUAUAGAGAUUUGCAAUCUUCAUAAUGUAGGUCGAUUCAAAAGUAUAAACUAUAUAAUUAUAAUUAUAACUUAAUAAGUCUAUAGUCUAUAACUAUACUAUAACUAAUUUGUCAAAAUCAAUUACUGAUUGAUUACUGUCUAUACUCUAUUAGUAUUACUGUCUAAGUACUCUAGUAGUAUCUAGGCUUAUAGAUUUAAUUAUUAUAGCUACAGUAUUCGUCAAUAUUAAAAAUUAAAUAAAAGGUAUAAUUAUAAUAAUAAACUAGAUAAUAAUUUAAGUUUAAGUAUUACUAUUAUCAUAUUAUGACUUAUGUUAGCCAUAUUAUUAUUAUUAUGGUUAAUUUUAAUAUACUAUGCUAUGCUAUAUUUAAUAUACAAAAAAAAAUUGUUUGUUUAGGUCUUCUUAGCCCUUUGCAUGAUGCUAGGCCUAUUCUAAAUACAUAAUUUUUUUAUUAAGAAAAUUAUGUCAUGAGUCAUAAGAUUUAAAUUUUAACUACCAUAUUUAUUGGCAUGUAACACACACUUUUUCUCCCUGAAAAUAGGGGGCAAAUGUUGUGUGUGUGUUAUGCUGAUAUAAUCGUACAUACCGCAUAGCUGCGCAAAUGGUGCGUGUUAUACGCCAAUAAAUACAGUACUUCUUAGAUAAAUUACAUUUUUAAUAUUAUAUAACUAUAUUCAUAAAAAUGUCAACACAAUAUUAAGCUAGGCCUGAAAAUAUGAAAUAUCUAUUUUUUAAAUUAUAUUAUUUUAAUUAUAAUUUCAAAGGACUUGGUACUUAAACAAAUGUUGAAUUUAAAUUAUGCUUCAGGGAAUAAGUUAAUACUAGACAUUGCCAAAAAUUAUCAACCACCAAUAAAAUAUUUACACUGGUAGCACAGAAAUAAGCUUUAAAAAAAAAAACAGAAUCUCCAUUUCAUUCUGUAUAUUUUUCCCUGUAUUUUAUGCAUGUUUUUGUUUAUUGUAUUUUCCUUUUUGAAAUAGGAGAUAACUAAUUUUUUUUUUAUUCCAACUGUAAAAUAGCUACAAAUUCUCAAUUUGGGUAACAAUGCUCUUGAGGAAUUUCCUUCUCUUCUUCAACACCUUCAAAGUCUUCAAAAGCUUCACCUAUUUGGAAACAACAUCAGCCUCAUUGAUGGGAAUUCUCUCAGUAAAUAACAAAAAUUUAGGCUCCUUUUUAAAGAUUGCAUUCAUUUAAAUAACAUUUAUAAAAGAAAACUAACUAACAAAUCAACAUUAUUUACAUUUUUUUUCCAUAUAUUUUGCUACUACAACUUAAACAUUGCAGAUUAUGAACACUGAUGUACUCUGAGAUCACACAAAUAAUUGUAGUUUCGAAGCAUACUAAAUUUGUUAUCUCUGUUAAAUUUAUCCAGAUGGUUUUAAGAAGUUGAAACUACUAAAUAUGAAUGGAAACAAGCUAAAAACAUUGCCCCCAGAAAUUUGCAAGUAAGAGGGUAAUCGAAAAAAAUGUAAUUAAAAAAUAACUAGGGUUACAUUAAAUAUUUUUAACACAAGUACCAAUAAUAAAGAUCGUUUCAACUUUCAUAAAAAUAAAUAGCUAAAAUCUCUACUGAUCUUUCUUUACAGACUUGAGAGUAUUGAGCAUUUAUCUAUUGAUAAAAAUCAACUUAAUGAGUUGCCUGUAGAGUUUUGUGCCUUGAUAACAUUAAAGGAGUUUCAUGUUGCUGCCAAUUGUCUAACAUCUUUACCCCUUGAGAUGGGAUACUUAAUCAACCUGGAAAGUCUAUAUAUACAACAGAAUAAAAUCAGAGAGCUUCCAGAGGUUACAAACUUUUUUUUUUUUUUUUUUCAUUAGCUUCUGGUGGUGAUGGAGAGGGGAAGAAACUGAUAGCAACAUUACUCUGCAUUAUACUCUCUGCCCCUAUCUUGUUGAUAUCUUCAAAAACAAGCCAAGUUUAAUAGAAUGCUUCCAGAGGUUACAAACUUUUUUUUUUUUUUUUCAUUAGCUUCUGGUGGUGAUGGAGAGAGGAAGAAACUGAUAGCAACAUUACUCUGCAUUAUACUCUCUGCCCCUAUCUUGUUGAUAUCUUCAAAAACAAGCCAAGUUUAAUAGAAUGAAAAUGUUUUUUUCCAGUUAUAAUAAAUCAUUAAAAAUUAAAGUUAAACAAUACGUAGCUCUCUCUUCAAGUAUGAACUAAAGGCACACAAAACGUUAAUAAAUCAAUAAAUUAAUUUGUAGCACACCAUAGGCCUACUAUGUGUUUUCAAAAUAAUGACGUCAAAUCAUGUGUUGUACUAAUUACCUAUACAAUGUAUUCAUUAGAGCCUGGGAAAGUGCUACAGAUUAAGAUACCUUGAUGUAGGAGCAAAUGAGCUUAGGAUAUUUCCAACAGAGGUGAAUCCAUAUUUUUUUAAUAAUUAUUGCAGGGCUAUUUUAUAGAGCUAAAUAACUUUUUCUUUUUUAAAAAAAUAAAAAAAGUAUCAGACAUAUUUUGUCAAUAUGUGCAGUUAAAAAUACAUAGUUUUAUAAAAACCUGACAACUUGAACUGGAUUUCAAUUUUAGAUUAGCAUAAUUUAUUUUCUUAUAUGCAAUUACCUGUGACUUCAAAAUAGGAAAGAUCACUUAAUUUUAAAAAAAAAUUUAAUAGGACUAAAGAAAUCACAAUUUCAAUUAUUAAUAAAUUAUUUAAUUAAAAAUUGCUUCACAUUUUUCAAUGAAAUACAUAUGCAACAUUGGCUACUUUUUUUGUUGCAGUGUACAAACAAAUCAAGUUCCAUAAAGAUUUUGUGCAAUGUUGUUCAUGAAAUGUAACCUUUACACAUUUAUGAAUAUAGUUUAAGGUUCAUAUUAUUAUUAUAAUUUUUCUAUAUUAAUUUUUUUAAUUGACAUUUUCAUUCAAAUUAAUUCCUUAAUUCUAACAUUCUUUUUCUGUACAAGACAUGGAUUACAUAAAAUAAUAUUAGAAAACACUAGUUACUCAUGCACAUUUGUUUUAAUUUAGGCUACAAAAAUAAAAUAGUGUUCCCCAAACCAUUCUUGCCCCACAUCUCAGCCCUUUAUUGGAAGUGUUUAAAAAAGGGUGUCUCCAUGCUGCCUCCAGGAACAUUAAAUUUUAGUUUUACUGCCUGUUUAAAAACUAGAGAUUCAAUGUUGUUUGAUUUAACUUACAAUAAGUGAGAAAUAUCUUUGAAUGGCAAUAAAUGACUUAACAUUGGUCACCUUAAAUCAUCUUCCCUUCUUUUAUAAAAAACUUAAUACAUUCCCUAUCUCAGAGAAUAAAUGUCCCAACAUAAUUUUCAAAUUGCCCCACGUUGGGAAACACUGACUUAAAGAAUAUAUUUUAAACAUCAAUUAGAAACUUUCAAUAAGUUGUGUGUUAUAUAUUUUUCUCAGUUGUCAAGCCUUCCUUUGAGGGAACUUUACUGUGAAGAGAAUCCACUGUUGCAGAACUUACCUGUUUUUUCUGUACAAGAAGAGGAGAUUCUUUCCCUAAAGGUAAUUUAAUGACCUACCUUUCUAAUAUAAGAUUCUAAAGGUCAUGUGCAUUUUAAGAUCAUUCAUUUUGCUAUUGAAAAAGAAAUUUAAAAAAAAAAUAUUAAAAAAUGCUGUGAAUCUUCAACCAAAUAAUUCUAUUUGAUUAAUUCUUGAUUAUCACAUUAUUAAUUUAUCAUGUUUCAGGAACUUUGUGCUAGAUUUGUUAUGAAAGAGCUGAAAGACAGGUAUACACUUUAUACAUUUUGGAAUGAUUUAGAGAAAAUAUGUCAAUACAAACUAUCAGAUUUAAAGAAAAAUUUCAAGCUAUAAAUGUUUUAAUAAUUUUAUUUUCAAUUUCAGAGGUUCCAGUAUGAGGCGGAACAUUCGCUCUUACCCAGAUGUCCGCAAUAUGUUGGCUCAGUCAAGCAAGUGUGCAGUGUGUAGUAAUGCAUUUCUCAACACAUGGUUAGAAUGUGUCAAGUUUGUUGAUGCCAAGAAGGUAUCAUAGCAUUUUUAUUAUUAUUAAUAAUUUGUAUGUUCUGUUUCAUAAAUUCUUCACUGCAGAUAAAGCAUUUUUUAAAAUCUUUGUGAUUUUUUUACUGUAUCAGUAUGGUUCAAAUGCAAAUCGUCAUGGAGUAAGAUGGAGCAUGAUUUCAUUGAAUUAAAGCCAAAGAAAAAUGUCUGAUUUGCCUUUCCUUAACAUGUUUAUCCGCUUAUUCCACAGGAUUUGAGACUAGUUUCAAUGUCUGGACUCAUCCCAGUGAGAGCUCUUCUGUGUUCCUACAAGUGUUUUAAUGCAGCUGGGCACAGUUACUAUGGAGUUGCCUUUCCAUAAUAUAUGGCAUCCUUCCGUCUUCGCGAGACGAUGGAGUAGCUAUGUAGGACUACAUUUCGACGGGUGGCUCACUAGGCCAGUCCUGAAAUGACAAUCUCGACUGCAUUUCUCGCAGGAGAAUAUUGAUUCCUGGUUGGACUUGUCCUUCCGUAUUGUUCUUUUUGUUGCAAGGGCUUCAUUUUGCUCAUCUUCUGCCUUUUUGACUCCUUCAUGCACUGCUGUUCGCCAGCUGGAAUGUUGUACGGCAAUGAUCACCCAUUUGCUGAGUUCAAUAACACAUGUUGAUUUUAUUAGGUUUGUGAUGUGAAUUGCUGGAUAAAACAAAAAUCUUUCAUCUAAGUAAAUGCAUUAGUUUUCUGAGUAUCUUUUUCCAAGUGAAUUUAUGAGUAAUAAAAUCCAGAAAACCCAAAAAGUUCAGCAUGAGAGAUGUAAGUUUUUUUAUUUAAAAAGGAGUAACAUAGCUAUAAAGUUCGAAUCAAGGGUUUCCACCCAAGGACUAUGACUUUUUUCACUGUAAAUAGUAAAUCAUGUUUAUAAUUUAUAACAUUGACUAAUGCGGCAAGAAAUCUUUUGAGUUGUACACCAGACUUGUACCACAAGAAUAAGUUCAAAUAAUAGGACAGGUUGUCGCUGUUUGCGAAAAAAAAUAUGUUUAACCCAUUUGCUCUUUAAUAAAUUUCUUUUGUUUAAAAUAUAUAUACACAAGAAUUACUAUUUUGCAUUAUCAGAGAGUAGACAGAAAAAUAUAAAAAAUGCAUUAUUUUCAUGUUCAUGUUAUUACUCAUUCAGUUAUUGCCAGUCUUUUUAAAUCAUUAAAAAAUAGAAUCACUUUCAAGUUCCAAUGACUGGAUCAUGAGAAUCAUAUUUACAUACCAUACCGGUAUAUGCAUGUAUAUCAGGGGUGCGAGCCAUACUCUCAAAGUCGCAGUGAUUUUGAAGUAGAUAGUGCACCCUUCUGCUCAAACAUAACCAAGAGCAAGGGAGAAAUCAAAUUUUCCCUGACAUUUUGAUUUUAUGCAAUUGUCAACCGCACACAUUGAAAUUUAAGUGCUACAUCUGCAUUGCUAAUAUGUAACAUUUAUUAAAUGAUACACAACGAAAAAGACUCACUUCCAAGUGAUUUUUGGACUGUAGUGAUUAUCCAAGUGAUCUUUUAAACAGAGCAGCCCAGCACUCAUAAAGGAAAUACCAUGCCAUUACAAUCUAUCACAAUUUUGCUCACUGUUAUUCACUUCCGCAAAAUGUUUUAAUAUUCAGAAGCAAAAUUUAGAAAUAAAGAUGGUUAUUUGAUCAUAUUUAACAAAUAUUAGUUAUAUCUACGUUUAAAAGGGGCAUGUAACUCCCAAGAUUAUAGUGCAACCUAUUUGUGAGUCAACCACAAAUACCUUCGUUGACAACCCCAAACUUAAUAUAACUGGGACCUAUAUACUGGCGCGUCCUAUAUGGGAGUAUAUCCAUGAUAAUCCAAAUGCUAUGAUUUGGACCUAUAUACUGGCGCGACCUAUAUGGGAGGAGUAUAUACAUGAUAAUCCAAAUGCUAUGAUUGGGACCUAUGUACUGGCGCCACCUAUAUGGGAGUACAUCCAUGAUAAUCCAAAUGCUAUGAUUGGGACCUACAUACUGGCGCCACCUAUAUGGGAGGAGUAUAUCCAUGAUAAUCCAAAUGCUAUGAUUGGGACCUAUAUGGGAGGAGUAUAUCCAUGAUAAUCCAAAUGCUAUGAUUUGAUCCUGUUUCAAUGUUGAAGAUGUUCGCCCUGUCAAAUAAAAUAAAAUUUCUUUCUGGUGAGUGUGGGAAAGUCAACUCACUCAUUGACAUGCAUGACAGACCCCAAGCCUUUGAAGUACACCUGUCCCUUGAAAUGACAUAUGUUCUUUGUAUUCUAAUCAUUUAUUUGCCAGAAAAAAGUAUCUGUAUUUCCAGUAAUUUUAAAUACUAACAUCCAGAAUAUUUUGUUUAAAAUCUAUUCUAUUUGUUGUCCCAGCAUUUGCUGUGUGUUGACCAUUGUGAAAUAUGGC